AUGCCGCACCUUCAGAAGCAGCUCAAGCCACUGGCUUUGUCUAAGCAGACACAGGAACUGGUGGAUCUGGAACAUAAAUACACUGCUGGCGGGUUCAGACCUAUGCCAGCAUUCUUCGUAGAAGGCAAGGGUGCCAAACUAUGGGAUGUUGACGGAAAAGAGUAUAUUGAUUUCAUCGCCAUGUUCAGCGCAGUGAAUACUGGACAUUGUAACCCAAAGAUUCUGGCUGCGGUUACCGAGCAAAUGAAUAAAAUCACAUUGGUUAACCUUGCAACUCAUAAUGCUGGAACUGGGCCCCUCGCUGAGCGUCUCUGCAAGCGCUUUGGAUAUGACAAAGUCAUAUCCGCCACUUCGGGCUCUGAGGCAACUGACACAGCGGUCAAGAUCGCACGUAAAUGGGGUAUCGUUAAAAAAGGAAUUCCAGCGAGCGAAAUGCUCAUAUUCGGCGUUGGGGAUAGCUUCCACGGUCUUACAUCUGGGGUAUGGAAUUUGCAAAAUAGCAGCAAGAAACGAGCCGACUAUGGACUAGAUAGCAACUUUCAGACAAAUACGAACCCAAGCACGGGAAAGGUCUUGAGAUACGGUAAUAUUCAGGACAUUGAGGAAUGUUUAUCCGAGCAUCACGGCCGUGUUGCAGCCGUCAUUAUGGAGUGCUUGCAUGGGGCAAUCAAGACGGAAAUAGAGAUAAAGUACUCACGAGCUGCGUACGAUCUCUGCAAGAAAUACAACAUUCUCUUCAUUGCGGACGAGGUGCGCCAGGGAGCAGGCAAAACCGGAAAAUUCUUUGGCUAUCAAAACCUAGGUCAUGAUGUUAAGCCGGAUUUAGUUGCAAUGGGGAAGUCGAUGGGGGGGGGCUUCUAUCCUUGUUCUUACGUCAUCGGCACUGAGGACUGCAUGUCGCUUGUUGGAACCGGGGAGAUGGCAUCCACCUUUGGCUUCACGCCCCUCGGAGUUGCCGCCACCAAUGCAACGCUCGACCUAAUAGAUGAGCCUGGCUACAUGGAGAGGGGUCCAAAACUGGGUAGAUGGUUCCAGAGCGAAGCCGAUAAGUGGAAGGAAGAAUUCCCGUUCAUUAUCGAAGCGGUGAGCUGCGGUACGGAUAUGUGCUUGUAUAUUGACGAGGGAAACCCGAGAGUCACCGGCAGGAAGAUCGCGGCACUGUGCAACCUAAAAGGGCUGUUGGUGACAAGCUUCAUAAAUAAGGUGCGGAUGAGUCCACCACUGGUGAUUACGGAUGAAGAGAUGGAGAAGGCACUGGGGAUUAUCAAAGAGGCGUUAGAUGAGGUGACAGAGUAUGAUGAUGUCCCAGGAAUGGUCUGGACUGGACCAGAUUGA